AUGAAGUCAGAGAUCAAGCCCUCGCAAGAGGUGCAUCCUGCCCAAAUCGAACAAUCCACAGAAACGCAAGAUGAUAACAGCAUUCGGAACGAAGGUGUUUUUUCAGAAUCUAGUGACCUGAAUUAUCCCCAUGGAAUAAAACUUGCCGUCAUUAUUAGCUCCCUUGCUAUUUCGGUUUUCUUAGUGGCUUUGGAUGAAACCAUAAUUACAACUGCAAUCCCAAAAAUCACAAAUGACUUCCGCUCAAUCCAAGAUAUUGGGUGGUAUGGAUCUGCAUACUUCAUGCCUUUCGCGGCCUUCCAGCUUAUAUUCGGGAAAUUAUUCUCGUUUUAUCCCAUCAAAUAUGUCUUCCUGGCCUCGAUUUUCAUUUUUGAAGUUGGAUCCUUGAUUUGCGGAACAGCUCCAACAUCAAGCGUUUUCAUCCUCGGUCGCGCUAUUGCAGGGCUGGGUAGCGCUGGUAUAAAUGCUGGUUUCAUCAUUCAGAAUUUUAGCAAGUUCACUUCCACUCGCAAGGAGGCCAAUAUUUCGCCUCUCCUAGGUGGAGCUUUCACUACAAAAUUGACCUGGCGUUGGUGUUUCUAUAUAAACCUACCGAUCGGUGGGAUUGCCUUGCUGUCCAUGGCCGUACUGUUCCAUCCUCCCAAAGCCGAAAGGCAACCCAGCACCUGGCGUGAAAAGAUUGGCCAGAUGGACCUUCUCGGCACAGCAGUACUGGUUCCCGGUAUCUUUUGUCUACUGCUCGCCCUUCAACUUGGAGGCUCCGUAUACGAAUGGAAUACUGCGAAGCCGAUCGCGUUGGUCAUUAUAGCUGCUGCGUCUGGGCUGGUGUUUGUCUUAAUUCAGUGCCAGAAGCAGGAUAGUGCUACUUUGCCUCCUCGAAUUAUAAAGCAGCGCAGCGUUGCAUGCAGUGCCUGUUAUGUCUUCCAUGCUGGUGGUGCGCUUAGCAUCUUUCACUAUUUUUUGCCGAUAUGGUUUCAAGCUAUCCAGGGCAUCACAGCAUUUGAUUCUGGCACCCGUAUCCUCCCGACUACUGUGAACACUGUUAUCUUCUCAGUUAUUGCUGGAAUUGCUGUCGCCAAAUGGGGCUAUUACACUCCUCUUAUGAUUCAGGGAGCCAGUCUCCUAACCGUCGGGGGCUCUCUAAUGACCUCUUUGGAGGUCUCGGCGUCUGCUGGAGAAUGGAUAGGUUAUCAGAUCAUCGUCAGUGCCGGUGCCGGGCUUGGUAUCCAACAAGCUCACACAGCGGCUCAGACAGUCCUUCCAUCUGCUGACGUACCUACCGGCGCCGUCGUUAUCAUCUUCGCACAGAUCCUUGGUAGUACUGUGUGGUUGUCCGUGGCACAGCAGGUUAUGACGUCGCAGUUGCGUCGAGGUCUCAGUGCAAUAUCAGGCUUAGAUCCUAACCUCGUGUUUGACAACGGAGCAACAGGAUUCCGGACGAUAGUUGAACCAAAGUUUAUUGGUGGUGUGUUACACGCAUACAAUGCUGCAUUAACAAGGACCUUUUUGUUUGCUGUUGCAUUGGCUGCUGUAGCGUUGGUCUCUGCAGUGGCAGUGGAGUUUAGAUCAGUUAAGAAAGUGUCAAGCUCUAUCAAGCAACGCUAA